AUGGAACCUACUCCAAAGAAGAAUCCGAUGAACAUGGAUACGGAGGCGGAGAUUGAACCAAAUCAGCUGCUGCCCGACGAUCUCGUGCUCGAGAUCGCCGCCAGGUGCGGCACCAUUGGCGACGCCAUCCGCUGCGCCGCCACCUCCAAGUCCCUACGCCGGGGAAUCCUCCACGCGCCCUUCCUCCGGCACCUCCGCGGCUUCCUCAACAAUGGCGGGGAACAUGUCGACGACGGCCGUCCGUUCAUGCCGACGCUCCUCCUCGGCCUGUACCACCAGAGCGGCGAUCCGCACCUCCAGCCGUCGUUCGUCCCAGCUUAUUCUUAUUCCGACGGCGCGAAGCUGCCCCCAUCAUUGGCCGCGCUCCCGUCUGCGCCGAACCGCGACGACGACGACGCCGGCGACGGCGACAGCGCGUGCGACUUCGGGCCCUACCUGCCCGUGGCAUCUCGCCGCUCCCUCCUGGUCCUCCGGCGGCGGUGCAAGAGCACAGCGAGGGAGCACCUGAUCGAGCGCCACGGCCUGCACCCCGUCGAGCUGUCCGUGUGCAACCCGACCACGGGGGAGCGGCGCGUGCUCCCGCCGCACGACGUGCAAGACAUGUCCCACGCCCUCCUCGACGUGGACCCGAUCGUCGCCCCGUCAUCGUUCAAGCUGCUCGUCGCGGAGCUGUCGAACAACAACCCUCGCACGCUCUACGUGCAGAUCUUCUCCUCCGACUCCGAGGAGGGCGGAGGCGGGUGGGGACCUGCGUUGGCCUGCCCCAUCACCAGCAGGUUCCGCGAGUCGCGGUUCAGGUUCGGUUGCAGCGACGGGAACACAGGGCGUCCCAGGCCCGUCGUCGUGGGUGACACCGUCUACUGGCUGUGCACCUCGAGACUGAGGGACCGCAUCCUCAUGUGGCGGUGGCGAGGAGAUGUAGCUCGCGAGGCUUGUAUUGCCGAUCCCCCGCCGGGGUACAGUCUCGGGCGCCGGGAGCAUCAGUGCCUCGCGGUGCUGCCGUCGCCGGCCGACGCUGCGGGUGCGGGGUCACAGUCACAGGCAUUGCUGGGCUUGAUCGUCAUAGAAGCUGGCGAGAUUGAGGUGUGGGCCUGUGAAAAAAGCGGCGCCGGAUCCGCCAGGGACUGGAAAUUGUGGCAUCGUAUCCAGGAGGAGACCAUUCCACGGCGGAUGGAUUUUAGCAGCCGAUGGUUGCGCGGCGCAGAGCUCUCGUGGUUCUGCGAGGGGAGCGGCACACUCUUUUUGCGGCCGCGCGAUGGGACGAUGAGCCCUUUGCUGUUCUGUCUGGACACCAUGGAGGUGAGCAAGCUCGACGCCAGGGAAUGGGAACUGAACCCGGAGCCCGAGUUCUGCCCUUACGAGGUUGAUCUGCUCUCGCACAUGCUGAUCUUGAUGAAGCAGUUCUGA